AAGUAUUAAUUUAGAUUUUAGCUUAAAGAGACUUACGCGUACAUUUCCGUACGAAAAAAAGUACACGAUACAGAUACCUCCGAAAUCGACCACGGUGCACGACGAGCUACAAGUACGAGUACAAGUACAAGUACACCUAAGAUUCAGCAUUAAGAUUAACAAAAUACAAGAAGCUCCACCAGGUACUACAACUAACCAGCCAGGCAAAAUGGGAAAAACCUCCAAUAGGAAGCACGGCAUUGCCCUGUGCCGCAAAAAGGCCAUGAUGGCGGCAUCGGGGGAGCAGGAGCACGAGCACCAGGAGCUCGGAAAUAUUCAAACUCAGCCAUCCAGUUCCAGUAGUAGUUCUCGUGAGGCCCCCGAGGCGAGGUCCCAACAAAACGCUGCCCCACGACCCGAGCAGCCCCCGGAUGUUGACGAGGAGGUGUGGGAGAUUGCGAAGGGUAAGAAAAAAACGUUUCCCUCUACUGCGGUCAGCUACGAGCGAAUCGUAGCAAAAGCGAAGCAGAAUGGAAAGACCAAUCUGGCGGUGCACGACAAUGGGGAGUCCAUCGCCCACGCGGACGGGUGUUGCGAGGAGACGACGACGGCAAGGAUUUGUGAGGACAUGGAACGCAUGAAACGAGAGGUGAAACCGAUUGCCGACGAGAUUUUGGCGCAUUUACCCGACGGGUACCAGCAUUGUUUCAUCCACGACUCGGACCCGACGAACCCCAACCCCAGUACUAACGGUGGUACAACCACUACUAUGAAGAAACCCAUGCCGGAGUACGCCCUCGAGUUUAUCGCCCUCGGGCUCGGCUCCUUGUCGCAGAAUCGCAGCGCCCAGUGGCAGACCGCGUUGCUGGCAAAUGUGGUGGACCAGGUGGGGAGUGUCGUGGGCUCCGUGAACAGCAAGUUGUGGUACAAAGACGGCAAGAUUCCCGUCACGCUCUACGACCCGGCGAUGACGGCGAUGGAUGAAAAGAUCCUGGCCGAGAGCGGGUUUUUCGGCUCCUCGUGGAAAAUCGGGACGGAAGCGGCCAUCCGAGACGCAUUUUUACCUGGUUUAUUGGGGGCGCAGAACGACCACGAGAUGAACGGCGGCGGCCUGCUCCGGAUGAACAACGACGAGGAAAAUAACCUGAGCCACGACAUGCCGUUCUUCCGCUCCGAGGCGGCGCAGGAGCAAAUGCAACUGCAGUGCGGGAAAAGGACGAAGAAGUACCUGAUCUUCUACAUGCCGCUUUGCGUCCGGGACGUGUACAUCGACAUCCUGCGGCGUGUGGAGGCAGAGAUCUGCCUGAACAAGUACCGCGGGCGCGACGACACCAGCGACGAAGAAGUAAAGAACGAGGUGGUGGUGGCGUGCGUCAUCGGCAACGACAUGGUGGAGUGGGGGCUGAUGAACAAGCACGAAGGCCAGGACGAGGAGGAGGAGGGGGAUGAACAAGUAGUAGAUCCAGCCGACCCUUAUCCCUACGACUGUGCUGCUGACUAUGCGCAGGUUUUUCCUGAAAUGGUUGAACAGCAAAACCGCGAGCGC